AGCAGCCAGCAGCUUGAGCUGAGCAGCCAAUCAGCAGCAGCAGUGUGAUCUGUGGGCUGCAGGGGCUGAUGGGAGCUCUGAGGAGCUGCUAGAAACCACGUGGCCCUCGUCUGAUCUCACAGCUCGUCCUUGUUUGGCCUCAGCUGCAUCAGAGCGCCACUUCUCCCCAGGUUCACCAGAGGAAACACCACUGCACAAAAUGCUUUUCCUCCCAGCUGCUGCUCUCUGCUGUCUGUGUUCAGCGCUGACUGCCAUGGCAACACAGCUGCUUCAGGAGGAUCUAUCUCUGACCAGGAAAAAAGAUGAGAGUGUGUCCUUCAGCUGUGGAGCAACUGAUCAGUGUGAUGGUGAUUAUGCGUAUUGGUACCAGAAGAAAGAAUCAGAAACAUUUAAGAUUAUUUUUCGUUAUUCUAAGAGUACCUGUGAAAUCUUAAAACAGUACAAUCAUCCCCAGAAGGAUGAUUUCUCAUCAGAGAGAAAUCCGAUGGGCUGUGCAUUGAAAAUAAACACAAUUAAACUCGAUCAUAAAGCCUCCUACUACUGCAGCUGUGUGAAGUCUGAAUACCUCUUUGGUUCUGGAACCAAGCUGUUUGUAGGUAAAAAACCGGUGAAGAAGCCUGAGGUGACUGUGUGUCCGGUGAAAACAGAAGCUGCUGAAGAGGGAAAGACGGCUCUGAUGUGUCUGGCCUCCAGCAUGUUUCCUCCUCUGGUCCAGAUCUCCUGGAAAAGACAGGAGCAGAACAGCAAACAGGAGAAGCCGAUCCCUGCUGAGGAGAAAGAAAAGAAGCUCAGCGGGUCAAGAAGUUCUGCCAGCAUCAGGCUGGUUAAUGAUGAUGCUCUCUAUGAUUAUGAAUACAUCUGUGAAGUUCAGCAUGAAACUGGCAAAGUUAUAAACCAAACCCAGCUCCAAGGACUUCCAGCUCCAACAACAAGGUCUCCACCAUCAGCAGCACCUCCAGGUCCUGAUCCAGCAGCAGCUUCUGUCCCUCCUCAGCUGCCAGUGAAGCUGCCAGUGUCCUUCCAGUCUGAGUGCAGGGUGAAGCUGCUCUGCCUGCUCUACACAGUGCUGAUAGUCAAGAGUCUGGUGUACUGCUGUGGACUCUCUCUGCUGAUGAUGCUCACAAACCAGGGACCGUCCACCACCUGAACACACGCUGACUCUCUGCUUUCUCUCCAGCUUUCAGCACCAUCACAUCUCUGCAAUUUAUCACAUUUAUCACUUUCAUCAGUAUUCACAAUGUUAUUAAGGAUAGAGUGGAGAAAGUAAAGCUUGGUUUCAUUUUGCUUCGUUUUUGUCAAUGAUUUCUUCUUAUUUUGAAUUUUUCAUACAGUGUAAACACAGAAUUUUGUAGGUUCUGCACAUUCAGUGUUUUAAUAAACUCAAAUAUAUCCCUGUUGUGUACGGAGCCCCUAAAGGGACAUUGAAGGGGAAAAGUACUUUGUGGU